CUACUACAUCCCUACGCCAACUCCGCCGUGGUAUGUUUGUGUUGCGCCCCAGGCGCCAACUCUACCGGCACAUCCGAAUACCCCGUUCUCUGCGGUUCAUAAAACGACUGAUCACCACUCGCCACCGGUGCAUAACCCGGAUAAUGUCCCAUUCCCGUACCCUGCGCUUCGUAGCCCGUCUCUCCGAAUCCCUUGGUAGCGUCAUUCAGGGGCGCCAGCUUCGCACCUUUUCUCUUGCGCAGCCAAAAUACCAGACCUCCUAUCACGAGGGCGCCUACGGCCACAACGCCGACUACGAUACCUGCGAUUGCGCCGCCGGAUACACCGCUCGAGGAAUCUGGUGCUUGUGAUGGUGUUUCGGACGGGGUAGGGGUUGAUGUUUGUUCGACGACGGAGUUGGUGGACGAUGCGGAUGAGACCAAGGAGCUGGCCGAGUCGGGAAUGUCGUCUUUGAGGAUGAAGAAGCCUCGACUGGGGGCUUCGAUAUCGCUGUCGUUGAACGUGGCGUCUACGUCGGCGACGGCGGGCUUGAGGCGGUACACGAAUUGGCCAUUGUGGUUGUUGAUGUCGUCGUCACUCAAGUCGACGGUCCAUUGGAAGCUUCCGCCAUCUGUUGUGUCGAUAUGGGCUGUUCGGACGUGUCAGUGCGAAGAAUGGGGCGGAAAGGAGAGGCCGUGUUACGUACGGGCUAGACACUUCCAGUAUCCCUUCUCGUUACCUGCGUCUGCCGUGCUGGUGACCCAUAGCGAUACUUCAUUUUGCGCGUUUAGGAUGG